CUAAACUUCCUGUGUGAAUGUGAGGCCAGUGACUUCCUGUUUUUAGAACCUGCUAAUACAACUUCAGUUUUUGGAGAGACACUCUUUUAAUUGUUUUUACCGGAAACGUAAAAUGUUCCUACUGCUAUUCACUGUUAUCCUUGUCCUAACAGGCCUGGGUCAGUCGCACUACCCCAAGAUGCUGACCUGCCCCCACGAUGAGAACCAGCGGGACAUGCCCAGGGUGUGGUGCAAGCAGAGCAACGAUCUGUGCUGCAGCGGAUUCGCUUUCCUGGAGGGGACGACCACUCUGGAGAACGGGGACCUGCGGGUGCAGCAGGACAGGAAGGCCUUCACUGUCACCGUCACGCAGCUGGCCCAAGGAGAGGGGGUGUACUGGUGCGGCCUCCUGCACAACAACAACACCAUCACCAAACUCGCCGAGCAGUACUUCGGCAAAUCCUCCAAUGGUUGGAGUAUCGUUCGCUGGAUCCUGAUGCCAGUCCUCCCUCUGAUGGUCAUCUUCACACACAUCUAUACCUGCCGAAAAGCCCGCAAACAGGAGGAAGGCCUGAAUGAUAACAUCUCUAUGGCAGCAUUUCAAGGCCACAGGACAGGCGAAUGACCAUGAGUGAUACAUGUCAGCUCUAACGAUGUUAUCAUUAGCCACACAUACUCACACACACACACACACACACGCAUGCACACACACACAUACACACCACACACACACACACACACACACACAUACACACAUUUACACAAUACAGUAAACACCUCAUUUUAUACAGUACAUUAUUCGUACCUCUCUUGAUAAUCCGGUAGUUACUGUUUUAUCUGUUUUACCCGUGCCAUCUCUCUUUUGUAAUGAAAUCCCUUUCAGUAUGCAUGUGGAAUAUCCAGGGCCUAAAAUCUUCAACCUUUGGGCUGAAGAGUUUAGCCCCAGAACUCAAAACAAACCUUAAAGAUCAUCAUUCUACAGGAGACAUGGUGUAAAGCUGACACUGUUACCCACUGUCCGAACGGUUAUAGAGAAAUAAUAGUACCAUCUCAGAAACACAGCAACACUAAUAGAGGUAGAGGAUCCGGAGGAUUAAUCAUUUGGUAUAAAUCUGAUCUACAUAAUCAAAUUGACCCCCUAAAAAUGAUUACAUUAUAUUGCAAAUAUUACAUAUGGUUAAAACUAAAAAAAGAGCUCCUAUUAACAAAAAGGAUUUGCUUAUUUGUGCAGUAUAUAUCCCCCCCCUCCGAAUCCCCCUACUUCUCAGAGGACAUCUUCCCCACCCUUGAGACAGAGACAUGUCAUUUCCAGGCCCAGGGAAAUGUGCUUAUCUGUGGGGACAUAAACGCGCGUUCAGGAACAUUUGCUGACCUCACAGAUCCACAAGGGUACAUUUACAUCUCAAAUGAAAAUGUCUCUCACACUUUCACUCUCCCCCACAGGAGCAACAGUGAUCAGAUCAUCAACAAGAGUGGAAGGGACCUCCUGCAGCUCUGUCAGAGCCUCAGUCUGUACUUUGUCAACGGUAGGGUACGGGGGGACACAGUACUGUAGAUUACAUGAUCACAGACAUUGACCCUUCCUCUCUCAGCUCAUUCACUGUCAAACCACUAGCCCUUCUGUCUGAUCGCAGCCACAUUACCCUGUUUAUUAAAAGUUCAGACAUUAAAAUGGCACACACACAUUUUCACAUAAUUUCCUUCUGUGUGAACAGUAAUCUGGGGGCCGUUUUUCUGUAGUAUUGUGAAUGCCAGACUUCUGAACUUCCUUACCAAGCACAAUGUCUUGAGCAAAAGCCAAAUUGGAUUUAUACCAAAACACCGCACAACCGAUCAUAUUUACACCCUACAUACCCUAAUUGAUAAACAUAUAAACCAAAAUAAAACCAUUAUUUAUGCCUGUUUCAUUGACUUCCAAAAAGCUUUUGAUUUUAUUUGGCAUGCAGGACUGUUCUGCAAAGUUAUUGAGAGUGGUGUCGGGAGUAAAACAUAUGAUAUUAUUAAAUCAAUAUAUUCUGGCAAUAUGUUCAGCGUAAAAAUUGGCAAAAAAGGACAGAAUUCUUUACUCAAGGGCGAGGUGUUCGUCAGGGCUAUAACCUCAGCCCUGCACUCUUCAAUAUCUACAUUAAUGAAUUGGCUACUAUACCAGAAAAGUCAUCUGUCCCCGGUGUAAGUCUCCACAAUCAGGAAGUGAAAUACCUGCUCUUUGCAGAUGACCUGGUUCUGCUGUCCCCCACAGCAGAUGGCCUACAGCAGAGCCUGGACCUGCUAGAGCAUUACUGUCAGACCUGGGCCCUGACAGUAAACCCCAAAAAGACCAAAAUAAUGAUAUUACAAAAAAAGAUCCAGAUCUCAGGAUGUUCUCAAUUGGUACAAAACAUGUAGAGUACUGCACACACUGCACCUAUCUAGGAUUUAAACUAAGUUCAACUGGACAUUUUAAUGAAGCAGUUCAUGAGCUGAGAGGGAAAGCACGCCAGGCUUUCUUAACCAUAAAAAAAUAUACAAACAGAAAUACCAAUUCAAAUUUGGUUAAAAUUAAUUGAAUGUGUUAUUGAACUAAUUGCACUCUAUGGCAGUGAGGUGUGGGGUCCACUUACAAAACAAGACUUUACUCAAUGGGAUAAAUACCACACUGAGACCCUGCAUGAAGAGUUCUGCAAGAUUCUCCUACAUGUCCAGAGGAAAACUACAAGCAAUGCAUGCAGGGCAGAAUUAGGCGAAUACCCACUAAUACAAAAAAUACAAAAAAGAGCAAUUAACUUUUGGACACACCUAAAACUAAGUGACCCCCUCUCGUAUCAUUACCAAGCCUUGCAGUGCCAAGAGAUGAGGAGUAAUAGGAACCCCCUUACCCAGCUGGUCCUGAGGCUGAGUUCACAAACCUGCUCUAUUAACACACCUCAGGGACAGAACACAUCACCAAUCAGAGUCAAAUUACAACACAGUUGAAACAAAACUACAUCACCUAUUGGCAAACACAAACAAAAGCACAGAGCAAAAUGCAGUGCUAUCUGGCUCUAAAUUGACAAUACACCAUAGCAGAUUAUUUGAGCAUGGUGACUGAUCAACAACUAAAAAGAACCUUAACAAAAUACAGACUGAGUGAGCACAGCCUUGCUAUUGAAAAGGGGAGACACAGGAACACCUGGCUCCCUGCAGAGCAAAGGCUGUGCUGUCAUUGCACCCUCAGUGAGCCUGAAACAGAGCUACACUUCCUCACCAAAUGUGAAAAGUAUAAACAUCUUAGAGAAGCACAUUAUAAAAAAUUUGAAUUAAUAACAAAAGGUUUUAUUAACCUAUUAGAUGAAGAAAAACUACCAGUCCUACUAGGGGAGAACUCAAUGAGCUGUGAGUUAGCAGCAGUCUGUGUUGCUGCCUGCCAUAAAUUGAGGGACAGUGAGUGACAGUCACCUGACACACAUUGUUGCUGUUAUAUUUGAUGACAGUUUAUUUGUUUUGUUUUGUGCUGAUAUUAACAAUCAGCUUUUUUUCUGACUUUUUAAAAAUACUUUUUAAAAUCUAUUUUCUACUUCCAUCCACUGUAUUUUCUACUAUUUACUAUAGUAUGUUUUCUAAUUAAUGUUUAGCUUUUCAAUGUUUAAACGCUUGCUUUGGCAAUAUGUACAGUGUUACGUCAUGCCAAUAAAGCCAUUUGAAUUGAAUUGAAUUGAAUUGAACUGAAAUUGAGAGAGAGAGAGUAAUGAGAAGACAAGCCUAUACUUUUUAAACAUCAAUGAAAUACAAAGUAGUGACUGUUUUAUAAUUGUAUUCAACUAUAUAUAAAUAAACAAUAUGUAUGAUAAAAUAACACUUAUUACCAUGUUAUUGGUGUUGAAAUUAUGAAUACACAAACUGUCAAAUUAUAAUGCACAAGUCAUGUUUAAAAAAAAAAAAAAUCUAAUUAAACAUCUGCCAUUGUCAUUAAAGUGUGAAAUGCCAACAAUGAUUAAAAUGAGUUGCUCAUU